ACUGUCUUAAUAUCUUCUUGCGAUUUUACUUUUUCUUUGAUAAGAUCAACUCUUCAAUCAUUUCCAAAAAAACCCCUUCACCAUGUUGCGGACAUCUUCGCACCAAUCUGGUCGGGUUGUGGCGAGUUACUUAUUUUCAUCCACGUUCCUGCCUACUUUUCAAUUUUCCCUAGUGCAGGUUGAGAGCCGGAAUAAGAAUCUCCGGGAAUGGAAGAGGACCACUGCCACCGCAUUACGGUCCUCGCGGGGAUUGAUGCAAGAAAGGACCGACAACUCGUUCUCUGAAAGAACGCAGAGUCGUGUUGAAGACCACACCACCCGCGGCGGCGAGACGAGAAUCACGUUGCUACAACAGAGCAAAACCUUUGGAAGAAAAGGCGCGACCGCAGUUGUAGAACUACCACGAGCUAGUCGUGGUCGUCAGGAUGAACAACCACAAGGCGCUAGUACAACGGAACUACCACUUGCAAAAACAACGGAAGCAGAUACGACGCUGACGACACGAGAUGAAGUAGAGGGAGAAGUAGACCAGCGAGCAUUUCUUCAGGAAGUAGAGGCUUCUAGAGCUGCCACAGCUUCAUCUGCGGCGGUCACGAUCGAGCUAAAGGAAGCGGACAGCCUGGAAAGCGCCUGCAACCGUCUGAAAGACGUGAAUCCCGGGAAUCAGUACAGCAGCGCGAAAAAGAACCGCCUGUAUUUGUUUUCGCUGGAACAACAACCGCAAGCCAGCGGAACUACGAUCAACGACAUAAAGUGCAACGACGGCAGUGACUACGUUUUCUACUGGAACCCCUGUCUGGCGCUGGACAGAGCUGAUUACCUGUCCACUGUCGGCAGGUGGGUCUUCUACCUCCAGUCUGGUGGGGACGCGCCGACUCGCAGCAGCUACGACGGUAUGGAUUGCAAAUAUGUCUGGGUCUGGAAGAUCGCAACUUGUCAUGCUAAAUCUGAAUCAUGCAAAAAUCUGUAUUGCAUGAGCGCCAAAAGCUGCCCACUUUCGAACAAGUUAAGAGGGAGUUUCUCAUGCAGGAUAGGCAUGACAGUGACCUCACAGAGUCUGUCAUGCUAGGUCCCGCAUUCCAGACCAGACCUCAUGGGUCAUGGAAAACCUGCAUGACAAGUCCACACUCUUCCAGACCCAGACAUAUUUGCACUUGAUAGACGGCCGAAGCGAAGGCUUGAAGUCGUCGAAGGGAGUAUUACAGUGAAAAAUGCGCUCACCCCGGACUUUGCAGAAGUUUCGCAUGCAAAGUUUCCAUAAUGAAAGCUUUUUGUCUUGCAUGAAAGGAUUGCGAGGCUUUCUGAUGCAGAAUCUAGGUGCGCAAGGUGCCUUGUGCAAAACAGAUCCGCCUGCUGUUGGGCUCCUUCGCAACACAAAUUUGAGCUAUUCAGCAUGGAAAAUUCGUGAUGCUGAGAUAUGCAAGACGGGGAAUGUUUCUAUUGGAAAGGUUUGCAAUACAAACGCUGCCAAGUUUGGGCUGGGGGCAUUUUUCAUUGUAAUACGGAGAAAGCUUCAAAAUGGACGUCGACGCCGACCGCUUGCUCGGAUCCACGAACACCGAGUUGGUGUUUCACGACUUAUCCAAGAAAAAAACUGUGUAAGUGUAAAUUUGUGUUGCAGAAAAUGCAAAACUGUUACACUUGUCAUGCUGGACAUGCAUCAGAGACAAUUUUCGUGCAUGUUUUCACGUACUAGCUACGCAUGACAGGUUUUCUGUGUCAUGCAGAGCAAACUUGUGAUGCUAUUCCUCCAAGAAGCUUACACUUACACAGUUUUUUUCCUGGAUACGACUUUAACAAGGUGUAUUUCCCCUACUGCAGCAGUGACAAGUGGGCGGGGAACAGCGACGUCGGGUACUACAAUACCGAUGCCGCGACGGGUGACGGCGUCUUCUUCCACGGCUACCGAAUUAUCAAACAGGUGACCACCGCAAUCCGGAACGCUGUCGUCCGACAGGAGGUGGUGGAUCAACAAAAGGCGCAGAACGACCUUGCACUUCCUGGUGCGUCGUUCACGCUCGCGCAACGACCGUUCGAAAUCGUCCUUGCCGGCAGUUCCGCCGGCGCGGCGGGCACGGGGCUGCAGGCCUGCACGGUCUUCCACGUCUUCAACGAGCUGAACCUGCAGUUUCUGGCGCAGAAAAAGGACGCGACCGCCCGGGGCGGCUUCGAAACGGAGGCGGAGGUGGACAGAAUCCUGCACGAAGUGCCGUUCCAAAAAUUCGGCAUCCUGCAGGACUCUGCCUGGUACGUCCGUGGACCCCCGAGUGCGGCGUUCGCAACCCCGGGGUACUUGAAAAACGACGCGCGCGCCACGAGAGUGCUCGCGGCAAACACGCCACUCGAAAUGGACGACGAGAAUUAUGGUGAUACAACAACUUACGCUCCGAACGGACUGGAACAGGAUUACAUGGUCGGUGCGCCCGUUUGGAAUGCGAAAAUCGAGUCCGGCUGUGACCAUGAAAAUGUGCGCGGAACGAGUACUACUGCAACUGGUGGCGCCCCUGCUUCUUGGACGUGCUUUUUCCCCCGGAAAAACGCCCUCUUUUUCCUGCCGAACAGCCGCAACGAGGUGUGCAAUACCGACAACCUCGCCAACGUGAAGGUGCGGCACUUCGUCGCGAUGCACGGCUACGAUACCUAUUUGAUGGGUAAGGACGGGGUGUCGAAGAAUUUGAGGGGAGAGGUUGGCCACGCGAAACAACGGGGAAAGCAGUACCUGGACGAACUCCGGGAGCUGACCGCACUUGUCCCGCUCUCUUCCGCCCCCUCGUUUUUCGUGUCCGCGUCGGUGGGCCACGUGUUGCUCGGGACCUGGAACAAGGAAAUUCUCUCCGCGAAGGUAAAGUGGACGAGGUUGAAUGACGUGCUGCGAAAGUGGUGGGAAAACGACCAGUCUCCCACACAGUAUGCGAAUGGUUGCAUUUGGCACGAGACGGCGCAGUGUUUGCGAUACAAGUCGGGGUUUGUUUACGGAGACAACCCGACAGUUGGGGAGAACAGGCAGUGGCCCAACUCUGGGGGUUGGGACGAAGGUCAGGACGCAUGGGAGGCGUUGUUGGAAGCCGCGCAAGAUUCCGGCAGACUGUUGGAGCGCGAUUUGCUCCUGACCCGGGAGCAAAUGCGGAAGGGGCCGUUUUUCCUGGCCAGCACGGGGGAUGGAGGUAAUGGCAGUACAAGAACUUCUGGGCCCGCCUCUUCUUCUAGCACAACAACGACCGCGAGCGCUGCUGGUGACAAUCACAACCCACCACCUUCGAGCACGACACGAGCCCCGAUCAUAUCAAAUGCAAAUAUGUCUGGGUCUGGAAGAUUGCCAGGUUUGUCAUGCACAUUUUGCAUGACUCCUGAUGUCUGUGAUGCAUGCCCUAGCAUCACAGAUUUUUAGAGGGCUUCCUGAUGCCUAAUCUGCAUGACAAAUGCUCUUUCCGUGUAGCAAAACUUGGAUCCUCUUGGCUGCUCAUGCAAUACAGAUUUUUUUAGAAUCCGAAAUCAGCAUGACAAGUUGGAUUCUUCCAGACCCAGACAUUUUUACACUUCAUAGAUCACGUGGAUUGACAAUUCGGGGUCGACGCGUAAACCCGGGGUUGUCAUCGAGGACAUCGAACGUGGUCCCGGAGGCGGUAUCCUGAGCAAAAACGUUCCCAGCCCAGAGUUGUAGUCGCGCAGAUUGGAUGCAAUUAUUACAGGAAGAGUCGUAACAAAAUUGCACAUAUCGCCCAGGAGAGCCGUGCUGAUUCAGUCGUGUUUUGGAUAAUUAUUCUAUGUGUAGUAAUGCUGUAAACAGUUACAGGAGGAUAAGGAGCUGGCUUUGUGAUCCGGCGGUCCUUGCUAUAACCUCAACCUGCACUACAAUACAGAGAAAAACUUUUUAUAUGCUUGUUGACUCCCCAAACUUCGGGAGUUGCGUUGCAGAGCUCGUCCCAACUUGACUAGGGGGAGGUGGGGACGCUUUUACACAGGAUACGGGGCGGCCAAGGGUCUGGAGGCCUUGUUCAUGCAAGCAACGCACCAACUUCGGAGAUCGGCAGUUUGGAGGGGUGUUGCUAGGCGAAAGGGAAGUUGCGAAGGUGCGACGAGAAAUCGUGGAGGAGGAAUAUGUGUAGAAUUUUGGUUCAUCAUCAGGCUAUCAACUACAUACUCCUUUACUAUUUCGGCCUGUGAUGUGUUGCUAGUUCGUUGAUAAAAACAGCUAAGAGGACGAGAAGUUUUUAUUUUUUGGUUUUGAUAAAUGUCUACUAAGUACUAACACUAAGGUGAUAGAUCGCGCCAACAUAGACAUAGGAAGUUAGUACAUGCUAGCAGUUAUCGAAACAAGCUUUGAGUAGCUAUACCUAACUAAGUAUCUUACCCCAGUUUAUUUUAGAGCAUUUUUUUCCUGAUUAUGUUGAAGGCCUGUACAACCCAAGUAUUUUCAUGAAUGAGACCCAAUACAUAUAUAAUUUACUUCUCCUGAAUCCCCAUAGAUACCCAGCAAUUUUCACGAACGCAUGAAAAGUUUCGUUUCCCAUUUGUAGCCCACUUGUUGUCUGCUGAUGUAGUUUAAGCACCGCUGUCUGUCGUGCGGCCGUGUUCAUCUUCAUGCAGCUCGGUUGUGGCGCACGCCCACGCGCUCGCGUAUUGAUUGCAGAUGCAGCGUGAAGACUGUCCUCUUCAUCGUUGAUAGACGAAGAUCUUCUGCUGAAUUGAUAGAUUCUCGUGGC